AUGUGUGCCCUAUCUGAGGAAGAAUACACUAAAGUUCAUAGCUUCAGAAGUGCAAAACAGAUGUGGGAUACACUAGUCCUGACCUACGAGGGAUCCGUGGAGGUAAAACGCAACAAGCUAAGCUUGUUGGCGCGUACGUAUGAACUCUUCGAGAUGGAAGAAAGUGAAUCUAUCCAACCCAUGUUUGGAAGAUUUCAAAUGAUUGUAAAUGAACUCUCAUUUUUAGGAAGAACUUAUGACAAUUUUGAUCAUAUUGACAAAUUACUUCGAAAUUUACCUAGGAAGUGGAGACCACAGGUCACAGCCUUGAGAGCGUCCAAAAACUUAGAAAAGCUCUCACUGGAGGAACUCAUUGGACUACUCAAAGUCCACGAGCUGGAGCUACAACAAGAUGAUGCUGGGAGGAAAUAG